AAGCAGUUAGGCGUGAAUGAACAGGCGUACAGGAGGCACGGCCCUGUUUUUGCUCGAAGUACUUAAAUUACAUGGGGAAUAUGUGUGGCUUUGACAAGCAGAAGGGUCCUGGGAGGUUGAUGACGAAAGGACUAAGUCUUAUCGUCGUCGGUCAUAUCAAUUUCAUCUUGGGCGCUAUCGUACACGGCAGUAUUUUGCGGCACAUCUCAAAACCGAGCGGUAAAAUUUCAACAGAAUACACAUUAUACAACAUCAUAUCCGUGACCUCAGGACUACUGAGCAUUGCAAGCGGAAUUGUUGCAAUAUUGGUGUCGAGGAACAUUGCAAACUGGAAACUACACGUGGGCCUUCUGAUGAGCUCCAGCCUGAACAUGCUGCUCUCGGCCGCCUGCUGCUUAGGUCUGCUGGUGGCCAUCAGCGUCGCGAUCCGAGAUGAUGGUGGUGUCCUCAUGCAGGGCUGCAACUCCACAGACAGGCUCGUUAACGCACGCUCACCCGUCCCCGCCGACUGUCCCUUCGACACCACCCGCAUCUAUGACACUACCUUGGCUCUGUGGUUCCCCAGUAUGCUGCUAUCAGCUGUGGAGGCAGGCCUGUCCCUCUGGUGCUUCAUAGUGGGCCUCACGCUGAGAGGCAUCGGACCCUGCAGCCACACCUACCUCAAAGAGCAGCUGGAAGAGGAGGCUGUGGCAUCCAUAUCAAAAGGGGAUCCAGAACUUGCAGCUCCAAGCCAGCGUCUCAUUGGACACCAUUUUCCUCAUGCAUAGAGAAGAUGACGAAUCAGGAAGCUAAGGUGGCAUUCCUGUCAACUUUGAAGGGAAUUAUUUUACUAGUUUUUCAUGUGGAAGUGGCAGUUCAACAAAUUUUGGCCGGUUUGCUUUAUUACCUUAACAACAAAGGUGGUAUUUUACUGUGGAAACUUCAUGCCUAGUUCAUAUAAAAAUGAAAUGACAUUGUGCGAGAUGUUCAGUGUAUGUGUGUGAACUAUCUGAAUAAAGCUCGGUUAGCUGUGCCAUGUUGUACACGACAAGCUGCUUCAGGUUGUUAAUAAUUACAGAUUAUUUGAUGAAGCUUUGCCAUAGUCAGCUGUAUUAAGUGUUUGGACUGAAAUAUUUUCAACUCCAUUGCCUUCAUGGACUGAAGGUUCUAAUAUUAGCAACAAAAACUGGAUCCAGCUCCCCAUAUAAAUAGAAUUGUUAUGUACGUACUUGGAAAAGAGUUUUACAGAAUGAUAUUGUUAGCAGCAAUUGUUUACAAAUAUGGAAUAAUGGACCAUUUUUACAUUUACAGUAACAUUUUUGGGUGAAGUUGCUUUAUAGCAGAUCUGAUAACUAUAGAGAAAUUCCAUCAUCACUAUACAGUAUUGUACAGUUUAUUCAUUUAGUAUGGUAAUAUCUGCCUAAUCACAUGUAGUUUACAUUUUACCAUUUUAAGAGUUGGUUCUGUAAUAUUUUAAUUAAUUUUCCAAUAAACACUGCCAAUAAUUUAUCUAAAUAUACAAAAUACAUUCAACAUGCAAACUUUAUGUUCACUUUGAAUGCUCUGUGCUGUUUUUUAUACUAGUAUUAAUUAUGAAAAUGUGUCUGAUAAACCAAAGAUAUGGAGUAGUGCAUAGCUAAAGUUGUUUUUUUUUUUUCUGAUAGUAGACAGCACCAUAAACUACUGUUCAGUAAAAUGUGUUCAGAUUGAAUGUAGUUGGAUCAGUGGGGAGUACUGAAGUGUGAGGGAGAAUACUCGAGGCCUGUUCUAGAAGGUUUAUACUGGAGUGAUUGUAGUAAUAAAAUGAAAAUCUCACACUGAGAGAGAAUCCCUUGUGGAGAAAGGGAAAAUAAAUAUUGAUUGACACUGUCAAAGUAAGACGUUUGACUGAAUGUGAGAUUAAAGGGUUGGAGCCCAGUGAUCCUGUGGCAAGCAUUAGAAAACAAGACAAGACUGUUUCUUACAUGUAUUCAUACGCUGUAUCACGUUGUCUGUUCUUGCCUUGCAAUUCACUUUUAUACUUCGAUUUUUUUUGUUUACAUCUUUCUUAUUCAUGUUUUUUUUUUCUUUUAAGUGAAAACACCUUUAAUAAAGGCUAAUAAAUGCAAAGUUUCUUCACAGUCUUCCUUA